CUCCGUACCGAACCGCUCAAUAUUCAUCCCUUGGUAGCCGGCCGGACGAGAACGGUACUACUACUUCUUCAUCGUCGUCAUCUUUUUCUUCUGCUUCGACCCUAUUCGAAUCUAACGUUCCUCCCUUGGCGUUCUCUUGGAGGAACUUUAACAGAAAAUAUUUAUCUUUUCAUUUAACGAAAAAUGGAAGGGAAAAAAGUCGAACAGUAUUACAGUCCACCGCCAAAGCUUGGUAAAUGGGAAGGCUUCAGGCUCUUUCUGUAUAAUUCGGAAACAGGACAAUUUCUUGGACGUACUGGUGCAAGUUGGGCCAAGAUCCUUCUAUUCUACGUCCUAUUUUACGCCGUACUAUGUGGUUUCUUCGUCGCCAUGUUGGCCGUCUUCUACCAGACGUUAGAUCCAGAAGCACCGAAAUGGCAACUGAACAGUUCAUUGAUUGGUACCAAUCCAGGAUUAGGUUUCCGGCCAAUGCCACCUGAAAGUAAUGUCGAGAGUACUCUAAUCUGGUACAAAGCUAGCGACGAAGGUAAUUUUCUUCAUUGGACCAAAGAAUUGGAUGCAUUUCUGCAAGAAUACCAAAAGGAUGGAGCGUCUGGAGUUGACGUUGAACAAAGAAUUCACUGCGAUUAUGGUAAACCCGUGCCAGCUGGUAAAGUUUGCGACGUUGAUAUGAGCCAAUGGGGACAAUGUACGAAAGAGAAGAAAUAUGGGUUCAACAAAUCGGCUCCUUGCAUUUUUCUCAAGCUAAAUAAGAUCUUUGGAUGGAUGCCAAAUUUCUAUAACGACACUAAAAACCUCCCACCUGGUAUGCCGACUGAUCUUCGAGAUCAUAUCAAGAAGGAAGAAAGUGCUCAAAGUCAAAGACUAGACACUGUUUGGGUAUCUUGUGCCGGAGAAAAUCCAGCUGAUAUUGAAAAUAUGGGUGCUAUUCAAUAUAUACCACGUCGUGGAUUUCCUGGAUAUUAUUUCCCAUUUACAAAUACACCGGGUUAUCUAAGCCCUCUCGUUGCUGUCUUCUUUGAAAAGCCUAAAUACGGUGUAUUAAUCAACAUCGAGUGCAAGGCCUGGGCGCACAACAUAAUACACGAUAGAUAUGAAAGGCGUGGUUCCGUACAUUUCGAAUUGAUGGUGGAUUAAACGUCGUCUAUUGGUUAUGGCCUCUAAGAAGACUAUUACCAACAGCGUCCAACAGUGAGAGAGCGAGAGAGAGAGAGAGAGAGAGAGAGAGAGAGAGAGAGAACAAAAUAG